AAAUCCUAAUUGCAGAAAACAAAGAGAGAGCAUGAGAAGCAAUCAGUCAUAUGAUCAUGAGGCAUUUGAAGCUGGAAGCAGCUGCAACUAUAACUAUGGAGGUGAUCAUCAUCAAUCUCUAAUGACAUUUGAAGGAGGCAGCAACAAUGUUGAUCACGCUCUCCAUCUCCAUCCGCAGCUGGGAGUUAGUCCGAUUGGUUUGAGUUUGAGAAAGUCUAACUCUCUCAUUAACCUGGUGGAGAUGACCUUAAGAGAACAAAAGACACCGCCACUGCCACCUCCUGAGGAGAAGAAACUCAAGGCUUCUAAUUUCCCUGCUCUUCUCUUACAAAUCGGCACUUGGAAGAGAAUUUCCAAAAACGAAGGAGAUUUGGUAGCUAAAAUUUAUUACGCCAAGAAGAAGCUUGUUUGGGAAUUUCUAGAUGGACCUCUCAAGAAUAAGAUCGAAGUACAGUGGUCUGAAAUUUCGGCGAUUAUGCACCAAGGCCAUCAUGGCCGUUUAGAAAUCGAGUUAAACCAACCUCCACUAUUCUGUCGAGAGAUUAAUCCCCAACCUCGAAAGCAUACGCAAUGGAAGCAAACUACGGACUUUACCGGAGGUCAGGCAUCCAUCUGCAGACGACAUUCAAUCAUAUUUGCCCUUGGAGUCCUUGAUAAGCAAUAUGAGAAGCUUCUUCAAUGUGACAAGCGGCUAUUUACUUUGAGCCAACAACCUUUCCCGAUUAACAACUACCCAUUUUUCUACCAAGAUCCGAAUCACUACUUGGAUUACUCCUACGUGAAUGUUCACCAUGGACCACCUGCUCCGUAUCAUGGCGAUCUUGAUUCUAAUUUGCUAAUGUCAGGGAUGUAUGAAACUCAUGUUAGAGUACAAGAUCAAUGGUCACAAACCGAAAUGAUAAAUGAAGAUAUUAAUCCGGCAGCGUACGUAAAUGGUGGGAUCUCAAGCCUUGAGGAGUUACGUGACAACUAUAGAAUUGGCAUCCAAGAACCUACUUCUUGGAUGGGUGUUCCACAUGUUUAUGAGCUUCCAUGGGAGUCAAGAAUGGAGGAUUUUGGAGACUCGUAUAGAAACCACCAAUAUAACCCUUAUUAGACAGGCAUAAGAAAAUUAUGUGUUUGUUGUUAAUAAAGGAUGAUGUAUAACUAGGAAGCUUUCAGCCGAGUGGUAUCAAAAUUGCCCCCACUAUUCAUAGGUUGUGGGUUCUUUCGUUGUGAGUGUUUUUACUUAAUAAAAAUGAUUAUGUGUGUAAAAAGCACACAAUUAUUCUAUUAUAUUAAU